AUGGGGGUUUUCACAAAGCAUUCUCAUAAAGAUGUUUCUACUAAUCAGGUGACUCAAGUAUAUCGUGAGCUCCAGAAGUCUCCAUAUACCAGUGACGAGGAGGCUGUGCAGUCUCCGAGGAAGGAUGCAAUUUUAUCAUCGGAAUCACUCCAAACAACCGAUUCGGAGUCUGAAGACAUUUCGUAUCCAGAAGGAGGCACGAAGGCCUGGCUAGUUGUUUUCGGGUCAUUUUGCGCUACAGGGGCAGUAUUCGGCCUGAUCAACACCAGUGCGGUUUUUGAGUCCUAUCUCAAGGAGAACCAGCUCAGGGACUACAGUCACUCGCAGAUCGGAUGGAUCUUCAGUAUCUACCUUUUCUUGGUCUUCUCGCUUGGAAUAUUUGUCGGACCAAUCUUCGAUAGCUAUGGCCCUCGCCUCCUAGUCGCCGCUGGCAGCGUUGUGACGGUGGCCAGCAUGAUGCUUCUUAGCCUUUGUACAGAAUACUACCAAAUUCUUUUGACAUAUUCCGUCUUGGGAGGAAUUGGUGGUGUGUUGCUUUAUGCACCAGCGUACGGGUCCAUUGCACACUUCUUCAACGUCAAGCGAGGCUUCGCAACAGGAAUUGCCACCACCGCUGGAGGUAUUGGGGGAAUAGUCUUGCCGCUUUUGCUACAAUAUCUCCUGAGCGAUGAUGGUGUAGGGUUCGGUUGGAGCUGUCGAGUUCUGGCGUUCAUUUUCCUCGGGCUCUGUUCAGCAUCGAAUGCCUUCAUCCGCAGUCGAUUGGGUCCUCCUGCGAAGUCGGCCACCUUGAAAUCCAUAUGGCCAGAUUUCUCCAUUCUCCAAGACCGAGGAUUUGCUCUUGCCACCAUCGGCAUCUUCUUCAUGGAAUGGGGUCUUUUUGCUCCUCUGACAUACGUGGUGUCCUACGCCAAAUCUCAUGGGAACACUAGUGCCGAGAGCUCUGUUCUUUUGGCCCUCCUCAAUGCUGCUUCAGUUUUCGGUCGAUUCCUGCCAGGCUUGUUAGCUGACAAGGUCGGCCGGUUUAAUGUCAUUAUCUCGACUAUUGCGUUGUGUGUUGGGAGCAUACUGGGACUGUGGUUACCAGCUGGCGACUCCAAGCCAAUUAUAUUUGCCUUCUGCAUCUGUUUUGGGUUCGCCAGCGGGAGCAAUCUAGGUCUGAUACCGGUUUGCAUUGGCCAAUUCUGUGACUCGAGAGAUUACGGCCGAUACGUCACAACUGCCAAUACCAUCGCGAGCUUCGGAACACUCUCUAGCAUACCAAUGGGCGGUGCUCUGCUGGGCGCCGGCGGCCAGGCUGGUUGGGAGCGGCUUAUCGGUUUCUCGGCAGCUUCUUACAGUGUUGCAUGCAUUUGUUAUACCCUAGCACGUAUAUCUGUUACAGGUUGGGAGUUGAGGAAGAAGUUUUAA